AUGAAAUUAGAUUCAAAAAUAUACACAGAAGCUCAACGGGUCGCAAGGUCCCCCCGAUUGUCACUCUUGAUGCUAGGAGUGAUCUGCGGUGCAAUGGUCCCUACGAUGUAUAUGAGAAACCACUUGUUGCCUCGUUUCAUGAAAGAAGAUCUACAGGAUGUUGCUGCAGUCACGGCGGGCAGUGGUCAGGCAAAUGUACCCAGGCCUCAUAUGAAGUUGUGGCCAAUGCUCAAUGCCCACCAAAGGAGACAAGUUGUGCUGGCCAGCGCACCUUCUAAUAAAAGCUCCGAUCGUGACCAGGGUUUUGACAGUGACGGCAGUUUGAUGAUGUUCUCCUCCAUAAUGUAA